AUGGCGGCCGAGCACAUGGCUGGCCUUUGGAGGUACGCCGAGCUGGCCGCGGGACCACUGGCGAGCCGUGGUUCGGCCUUCACUCUGAUUGCUCGCUCAUGUGGAGCUGCGAAGUUCAGCUGCGAAGUCGGGCCGCUCAUUGCCUGCGGCAGCGUUUCAGGGUUGCCUGGCGCCAUUUUCCGCAUAUUCCUCAUGGCCGGCUUCCCUGCGAACAUCCCCUUGCAUCUGCGAAUGGGCGGACGCCUGGCGACCAGCGUGCAGGUUCACAACGACUCGGCCAUCUCCUUCAUUCCGCACCUCGGCCUUCUCACGAGGCCCGAGCCCCCGCAGCGCUCCCCGGACAUUAUCAGCAAGGCCUCGAGCUUCGCGUGCGACGUGCACGGAGCCUUCUUCAUCGAGGUGUCGCUGGAUGGAACUUAUUGGCUCAGCCCCUGCCUCAACACGCGUUCCGGCAUCCAGCUGACCUACCAGCACCUGCCGGUCAUCUCGGCCCUCGCGCCCACGCUGAUCAUCCCCAAGGAAGACGUGCAGCUGAACAUCUCCGGCAGCCUGGGAUUUGCAGGGGAGGUGGUAUCUCUGCAAGCUGCCCCUUUGCACCCGCUGCCCAGCAAGAUCCGGAGCCUUUUUCAGGCAGAGGCGGAGCUCGUGGCCAUGGGCCCCACCUUUGUGGCCCAGCCCCACCUCGAGGAGGUUCGCCUGGUUUUCCUGGCAGAUGGCAGCAAGAUGUCCCUGCUGGAGAACGAGACCUCUCCCGUGACGGCGCUCGCAGCGAGUCGAGACCUGAUCCUGGUGGCACGGGACACCAGCGCCAUCUACGACUCCUCGGGCCGCUUCAUGGCCAACAUCCCCUUCGCAGGUUCGGCGGCCGCCUUGGCCCAUGGCCCCGAGCUGCUUUGGGCCGUGCUGGGCACGGAGCGCGAGGUGCAGGUUUGGCAGCUCCGGGGUCUGGAGGAGAACUCUGACGCGGAGAGCAACUGGACUGACACCAGUGAUAGUGACGUCAGCGACCCGCCCAACUUCACCGUGGAGUUUUAUGCCUCGUUCCAGGUCAAUGGCACUGCCGGGCUCAGGAUGGCAGCUCAGCAGGAGGUACUUGGCAUCCUAGGUGCAGACGGCCUGAUGCAGAUCUGGUCACUUCAAGGCGCCGCGCCCCGACGCUUGGUGAGCCCUGCCCUGAAGGCCAAGUUGCUUUUGUGGGCCCUGCCAACCGCGAGGAACCGAGAAGUGCUUCCCGAGUCCCGCUCCGGGCAGAGGACGAUCGAGGAAACGGUGGAGGCGAGUGGUUUGCAGCCAUGGCGGGUGUCGGCUUUGCGUGAGCAGUCCCUUGAGGCCCGUGUCGAUGGAUCGCUCCGGAAGCCUAGGGUGGCGGUGAUCAACGCAAGACUUUACGCCUGCCUCUUGGCCUCCGAAGAGAACGCCGAGGCCUAUGGGUCGCUGACCAGCUCCGCCUUCGAGCGAACAUUGAGGCGCUGCGAAGAGCUGUGCUACGAGUUGAACAGCGCGGAGCAGCUGCUGUUUAAACGCCCGGCGCUCUGA